AUGAAGACAAAACUGACGACACUUUGGUUUUCACCAGGAUCGGGCCCGCAGCCGCUUCGAGGCAUGUCCGGAUUCCCCGCACCACAACAGGCGCAAGCUCGAAAUGCGACGCUAGGCACAGGACGAUUGCCGAACGGAAAGAUAGUGACCGGCGAUCAACCAGGUGGAGCUACUAAUUGGAACUUCAAUCUUCCCGGAACAUCUUCUCUGCAAAGCAACCAACAACGGACAGUGGGCACAAUGGGAAGUUUCGCGCAAAGCCUCGGUGGUUCUCAACCCUCCACGGCACUGGAUCUGUCUGAAUUUCCAUCUCUUUCGGGCACAUCGCAGCAAUCGCAAUCUCAAAAUCCCGUUUGGGCCAACGCAAGUCAGCGAGCGGCGCAACACACUCCUGUCCAGCGACAACAACAUCCUCCGGCGUCUCAACCCCCUUCACGCAAUUCGCAGAGCCAACAACUCCUUGCUCAGCAAUCAUCGCAAGCCUCGCACGAUGACAUUCUCCCCUCUGCUGCCCAAUUUGCGAAUCGACUAGACGAUUUUAGGAAUGGUGGGCAAGGAAUCAGCAGUCAGCUAGGGGCUGGGAGUCAACCUCAGACCGGCAACAUCGACGAGUUUCCGCCUCUCGGACGCAACGUUGGCAACGUCGGUAAUGUCGCUGCAGAACUAGUUCAGGAACGUCGGGCAUCCAUAAUGCAGGGAUCAGGGUUCGGCACCUACAACAAUGGCAUUGGAUCGUCACGGUCGCCGGCCAACCAAGGAGCCAAUGGAACACUGGGACAAGAGAAAGACGAGUUGAACAAUACUCUUCUUUCUGGUCAGCGCAAUUUCAGCGACCCUCAAUUACUGCAACAGCGGCAACAACAGGAGAGCGAGGUCCAGGAGUCCGCGCCCGGCCUGCAAAGCGCAGAGCAACCGCCUCUGGCCCAAAUGAGCGACUUGGACAGGUUUGGACUCAAUGGUCUACUUCGCAUGAUCCACAGUGAAAGCCCCGACGUGGCCAGUCUCGCGGUCGGGCAAGAUCUGAUGACUUUGGGAUUGGACUUGAACCAGCCUGAGCCACUCCACACUUCGUUCGCAUCGCCCUUCGUAUCAUCGAUGUCUGCGGUUCCAUUAGAGCAGGACUUCGCCCUUCCUUCCUGCUACAACGUUGCCAACAUCCAACCGCUUUCCUCGCGAAUUCCCGGUUUCAGUGAUGAGACGCUUUUCUACAUCUUUUACAGCAUGCCGCGCGAUAUCAUGCAGGAGCUGGUCGCGGAAGAAUUGAUGGGCCGUAAAUGGCGGUAUCAUAAGCUCGAGCGGUGCUGGUUGACCCGUGAUGAAUCUUAUCCUGGUCCGGUUGACGUGGAGCGUGGUGUGAGCGAGCGCGGGGUGUACCUGCUUUGGGACCAUACCAGCUGGAAGAAGAUUCGGCGCGAGUUCAUCCUGCGAUAUGAAGAUUUGGACAAUCGUCUGGAUGCAUCCCGGACCGUGGGCCGUACUGCAGUUAGUCAGUCUCACACUUCAUAG